UACGACCGUGGUAACGGCUAAACUGAAGCGAAGCACCAAAGGCAGAUGUCAAAGGUAAAGAGAACAAAAAGCACAUCGGCUGGUACAGCAAGAUGGGACGCCGGUCUCGUAGCAGAGCCUCUCGCUGACGAAGACUGGGACUUGUUUGUUGCUUUUCUGAUACCAGAAAACCCUUCUGAAGUAGUACACCUGGCUGCGCUCACAGAAUGUGUGUCAACCAAACGACGAAAACGUUUUGUUGCCAUUUCUCGAGAAGACCUUAUCAAAUCUGUGAAAGAUGAAGGAAAAAGUACUGCUGGUGGAGGAAAGAAAGGGAAAGGAGCUGCAACUGCCCCACCGUUUUCUGAAGUUUGCGAACACAUACGGCAGGCGCUGGCAUCUCCCGCUGGACUAACGCCUGAUCUAGACGCUCGGUUGAUCAAAUACUAUUUAUUGAAGAAGAAAAGAGAACAUUUGACGAAGAAAGAAGCAGAAAGAAAAGCGAAAGAUGAAUCAUCUGCUCCCAAGUCUGGAAGGGAGAGCUCGAAGGGCACAAAGAGUGUGGCCGCAAAGGGAGCAAAAGGAUCACCGAAGAAAGGAGUCGCUGAGGCAAAAGAAAGUGAUGUUCCAAUGCCAACAAAAGCUGAGAGCAAGAUGAAGAAACGAGGAGAGGGAGAAGAUUUGUUUACAUCUAUUGAUGAUGAACCAGAGGAUGGUCCUGACACAUAUUUCAUUUUUCAUGGUUUUAUCCAUGCUGCUGUGUUUAGUCAGAUUGCAGAAAUUGGUAUUCCUAUUAAUGCCAUUGUGAAAGUUAAGUCACCGUACGGACCAGCGUCAUCUCCACUCAAUGAAAAUGAAGAAUGUGAAGCUGACACAGACGACUGGAAUGCAUUAACUGAAGCACUCAAGAUGUUCUGGCAAGAGAUAAAGAGAGCUGCAAAGGAUUGUCCAUUUGGUCACGUAUUUAGAGAUAUUGCAUGGGUUGAGCUUUUAUCAGCUGCACAAACAGUGCCCGACAAACCUGAAGAGAAGGCUGAUCUUGCAGAGUCUCUUUUUGAUCUUCUUGCUGAUUGUAUUUACAAGCUGUUGGAUAAGCACAAGCAAUACAAGUUGUACCUACAGACACUUGUUGUUAUCAAUUUAUCAAGUCAAUCAUCCAUGACAGAUGGGCAUGACUUGAGUGUUAUGAAUGAAAAUGAACUAAUGCAUGACGCAAAGGAUGUGGAUACUAGACUCUACAGCCAUCAGAUGGAUGCAUUGCCAAUAGACAGUGUGACUGUCCCUCUAAUGAUGAAUUCUGUGUUAGAACAGGUGGUUGCUAUUGCUGACAAUGGAUGCUCUGAUGAUGUCAAGUUAUCUCAGGAUCAUAACUCAUUGCCUACAAUACUUGACUCGUCAAUAAUGAAACUGGCUCUUCCAAAUGAAGAGAAAAGGCAAUUGCUUAACGACAAGGAGCAAAUGUGUUUCUCUAAGAAACAGAAAGGAACAAAAAUAUUGAGACAUCAUGACACAUCAACUUUGAAGACUCGUCAUCUCGAGGAACUUAUUGAUAUUGAUGCCUUUUCUAUUGACUCUCGGAUGUUGCAGUUACUGCCUUACUAUCAUUUAAGAGACUUUAGCCUGUUUGAUGCUGAACAAAACAAGAGAUAUAAAGCUAGCAGGGUAGCUAGAGCACAUGAACUGAGGCAUAUCAUGUCUGCUUAUGGAGUUGAAGGAACACUACUUGAUCGUGCUUUGAAACAAUUUAUAUUUGAAAGCAUGCCAUUAAAAGGAACGGGUAUUGUCCCAUCUAGUUUGUUUAAAUCAACUUUGAAUACUUGCCUUCUUUGGGAUGAUCCGUACCCAGUGAGUGUUCUCCCAGUAACAGACAUUGAAGAACUAGAAACAGUUCACCUUGAAAACCUUCAACUGAGACAACUAGAUGAGUGGUGUUAUCACGAAUAUCUUGAACCAAGUGUCAUGCUUCAAGUUUUACACGAGGCUCACUCCAAACGUCUGCAUAUUGACAGUUAUUACCACAAAGCAGGUAACUCUCUUCUCUUAGCUAUUCACAAUCCUUGUGAUGGCCAAGAAAACCACUUUACAUGGAGCAACUGGAUUCAUUCACAAGUUGGAUUUAGUAAUUAUCUUCAGUAUGUUUCAUCUGUUGUUGGUCCAACAGUUGAUGCUGCAUGGGCAUCAGCUGAAGCAGAAGCUGAGAAAAAAACUAAAGUUGAAGCAGAGAGGAGGAAGAGGGAAGAGGCAGAAGCACAGAAUAGACUGCAAGAGGAAGAACAAGAAGACAAGAAGAAACCAAAAGAGAAAAAGGGAGGCGAGUCACCAGAUGAUUCUGCUCAAUGUAAAGCCAGUAGAUCAUCUAAAGAAGCCAGGAGUGGGUCACAAUCUACUGCAUCUUCACGUGCAUCGACUCGUAAAGGCAAGGAAAAGGACAAGCCAACAUCAGGAUCUAAAAUGAGGACUUCAGUGGCUAUGUCAACUCACAUCGAUACACAAGUGACAAAUCAGGCAUCUGCAAAGCCAGAGAUACCUAAGCUCUUUCUGUCAUAUCCUAUUGGUGAUCGCGUUGUUAGAGUGAAUGGCAGUAUGUCUCAUAUGUUCCCUGCAGAUGGUGCGUUGAUUACUGUAAAAUGUCAAGCAUUCAUUGAUGGCUACAAGAAUCAAGUUGUGGCAGUAGAAAAAGAUAACUGUAUAGUCAUGAUGCAUGUAAGACAAGGUCCUGGAGACAACAAUGCAUUAGAUGAUGCCAAAGAGAAUGAAGGUCAGAGGAAUGAUGCAUUUGAAGAAGCAGUCAAAUGUAGUGAGAAACAGCUACAGCAACAGUCACCAAAGUUUUUGUCUUGCGUAAUUCACUAUGAUGAUGGUUUUCUGGCAUCCAUCAGCAAACUAGGUCCUGAAGGUCAUCUUCCUAAACGGGAGCUUGUUCAGGUUUCUAAUCAGUUGGAAUCUAAACUGAGUGAAGACAUAGGAUCAAAGCCACCUACACCACCUCAGCAGGUGCGAUCUCCAUCUGUACAAAAAGUUGGAAAAAAGAAGGAUGCAGCUGCUGAGCAGGCCUUGAUUGAACAACAGAAAUUGCAGGAAGAGGAAGCCGAAAGACAGAGACAAGCUGAAAUAGAGAGGAAAAAGCAAGAAGAACUAGACUUGGCAUUGCGGCCAACAUACCAGCAGCUCUUUGUGUCCUCUCCUGACGGCUUACAUCUUCAUUACUGUAGUGUUCAUGAAGGCAAACUUGAAGAUUUCAAUGAGAAAUCGCAUCUGGAAGGGGGGCGGGUAGUGGUAAGACAGAGCUACCCAACAAAAUCUUGGAACACCCAGUUAUGUCAAAACACUCAACUGAAAACAGCCAUGGAAGAAAUAUCACGAUCUAUUACAGCGGAUGGGGUGGUAAUUAGAUUUUUACAAAAUGGCUCCACAGUUGUGUUGUAUCCAGAUGGAGCUGUUAGUGUGAGUUAUGCUGAUGCUGUGGCUGGCAUUCUCCCUACGAGUCCAACAGAAGUCCAGGAGGAACAUGAGAGAGCAUCUUCUGCUGUGCGACGAGUAAAAUUUGGUGACUUUGAACAUACAGUACAAGAAACAACAGGAAAGCAUGACAGAAAGGAUGGUUGGAUGUCCACAAGUGCAGUUGGUGAAUGUCGCCUUCAUAGCAAUGGUCAGAGUUUGUCACAACGUAGUGUGUUGUCAUUCACUGCUUCUGAUCCUGCAGCAAAGGAAGUCAUGUUGAGUCGUGGUGAUGGAGUUAGUGUUGUGCACAAACCAGAUUCAAGUUGUGUGGUCAAUCAUGCCGAUGGCACUCGCAUUACUACAUUUUAUGAGAUGAAGGAUAGUCCAUCUACAUUGUCUUGUGUGCCAACCAAAGGUGCUCUUUGUAAGUUUGUUCGUAUUGAGUGUCCAGGGUUUUCAGCUGUCACAUUCAAUUGUCAAACACAAGAGUGUCAGACAUCAUUUGGAGAAGGAACUCAAGUUUCAUGUACAAACAGAGGGGAAUAUCACAUAAAAAGACCUGAUGGUUCUAUACUUGAUAUUGCUUAUGAUGGAGAAGUUUGCUACAUUCCUAAAGGUGCUGGACAUCAGGUGCCUGGUUGUGAAGACGUUGUUCUUGAGGGAGCCUAUGUAUUUAGCCCAACUGCUAAUGAGACUUUGAAAACUAUUGAUUGUAAUGGCAGUAAGUUCACUGUAAUGCAGAAUGGUGAGACAGACAUACAGUCCACCAGGAACAUCACUGGACAGGGAGGGCAGGUGCCUCGGCUUUUUGUUCUCAAUCAGGAUAGCAGUGCUGUUGAGCUUUUACGCCACUGUGAUGUUGUUGAGUUUUUGGAAGCUGCAGAGGCCAAUCAAAAAGCUAUGGUUGUGAGAGAGAGACUGGAAGAAAUUCCUGAUGCUAAAGUUAUUACAGUCUUGAAGCCAACACCACAAACUAUUGCAGAAAAAUGGUCCAGAGACUAUGCGGAGGAUGGGAUUAUUCCUAGAGGUCUAAGAGACAGAAACUUUUCUGAUUUAUCAGAUAGACCAGAAGGUCAAGGUUUGAAAAGUUCUGACUCUAUUCCUUUGCACAGAUUAGGAACUAAAACAGGUGUUGAAUUUACACAAUCUUCAGCUUUAGAAUACCGUCAGCUAAUUGAGUACCAGCCUUUAUCCACUGAAGAAAGAUGCAGUGUUAUGGAGGGAUUUUGCUUAUUCUUACGGUGGCGUGAACAGCAAUAUCAGCGAGCUGCAGCAUUGCUGCUAGCAGAUCAAAGAAGCAAAGCAGAAAAGGUUGCAGCUGUUGAGCUAGAGACUGAACUGCUUCCUCAAGACAAGACAAUGCUACAAGACACAGUACUGGGAGUGGCUCAAAAUGCAUAUCAUAGUAGAUCAGAAGAGGAGCUGACACAACACUAUGAAGUGGCUGUCAACACAAUUGAUGAAACAGUAGCUGAAUGUUCACCAUCUGAAGUUGACAGAAAAUUUUCUGCCAAGAUGGAACAACAUCAACAAGACAUUGAUAAUGUGAAGGCAAUGACAAGAUCACUUCGAGAAAGGAAUGUUCCUAACUACUUUAACAUGGUUGAGGGAAAACGAUUUCUUGAAGAAGUAUUGAAAGAAGGGCCAAAUAUGAAUAUAUUGGUGUCACAGUUGCCUGAGAACCAGGACCAUUCUCAGAGAAUAAUACAGAGAGAUGGAUCAGUGUCAGAGAUGGAGCUUGUUGGAGUACAAUCCUCGCAUUCUAUUGCUUCAGAUUCAGCUAUUGACCCAGGACUUGGAGCAGUUUCUCAUUCUCCUGAGAAAGCAACACCUAGUCCAAUAGCAGAAGAAAGUCCUGCAGAUGUGCUGUCUAGUCUUGCCCUUUCUCCUGUACGGCCCCUUAAUCCAACACCAGCACAGGCAUUUGGUGCUGUUGUGUUGAAUGGAAGGAGCCCAUGCAGUCAAACGUCAUUGCAUGCACUUGGAAAUACAGAUGACCUUCUUAUCAAACAAACACCUGAGCUUGCAGCUGAUGUAAUUGAACAAGACACACCUACUAGAUGGAAUCAGACAUACAGUGAACCUGGAGACUUGUCACAUCGUGGAUCUGCUAGCUUCUCAAAGCACCGACAGUCUACUGGUGGUGCAGAGCAGCUGCCUGCCAUUAGUAAUAGAGUUGCUUAUGUAGAUGUAACUGGGCAAUUGAGAAAGCAAAAAGUGAAGAAACCAUUAUCAUUACGAGGAGCUAAGCCUGGAGCGGUCACAAAUGAGCAGUUUGUUGCAACUGAGAAUUCAGUGCGGCGCAAAGUAUCUACAUCAUCUGUUGCUGGUUUUUCCAAAAAAGGGAUAGGACCAGUUUCCUGUCUUCGAGGCUUUGAACUCUUGCCACGAGAAGUCAAUUUUGGUGUACUUCGAGAAGGAUACACAUAUUCUCAUUUAUUAGUUAUACGCAAUGUUGGGAUUGAUACAUGCCGUUUCAAACUUAAGCAGCCUCCUCCAUCAACUGGAUUGAAGGUUUUAUACAGCCCAUGCCCGGUGGCUGCAGGCAUGAGCACUAAGUUGAACAUUGAGAUCUCUGCUGUUGCUGUGGGUGCUGUGGGCAACGAUCGUUUUGGAUAUGUUCAACAUGAUUUGGAAAUAACUUCGGAGACAAGCAUUUUUCACCUCCCGAUCAAAGCUGUUGUAAUUACAGCAUCUGUCUAUGAUUCUCUCUCCAGUGAUGAGAAGACCAGAAAUUCACCUCAUCCUCAAGUAAAACUGGUUUCAACUAAACCCUUAUCAAGGGAGCCUCUUAUCCACACCUUUAGACCUCACAUAGCACUUGGUGGUCAAUGAAGAAACAUUUACAGCAAACACGGCAGUUUUGAGUUUUCUCAUACAAUUUCAUAUUCAUUCAUUUUUCCACUAUUGCAUGCA